CUCUUCUUACAAGAAGUCAUUAACACGUGUUGAACAAACCAACCAGUCGUAUUAUGCCAAGCUUACGCAGGCAACUGUGAACUCUAUAAGUUAGUCUAAAAGAAAGAAGUUCUCUAAGUGACUCACCACUAUGGUGCCACCACACCUCCUUUGGCUUCUUCUCCAAUUUCACUCCAGAGAAUGCGGAGCCAUAUGAACAGACAAAGGCAUUUUUCUUCUGUCACAUCUAAAGCUUGCAUCUCAAAACCAAACUGUGAUGUGGAAAAAAAGUUUUUUUUGGUUUCUUUUCUCUCUUUUGACUCUAAAAGCAGAACUGGAUUCUGAGACAAUGAAAAAAACAAACAAAUGCACGUCUCCAAGUUUGUACUCAGAAACAAAUAUAGUCGUAAAGGGUCAAAAUGUAUCUCUAAGUUGUUCCCACCAGAACCAAUCACUAAAAAUCACCUUGUUUCGGGAGAAGAACUGCAUAGGAACCAUCCAGGAGAGCAAAGGAAAACCCGUGAUUUUUAACCUAAGCAUCUCAGAAGCCCGUGAUUUGGGGCCCUACAAAUGCAAAGCUGUAUUUUCCAACUGUACAACCUACAGUCCCGAGUUCAACUUCACAAUUGUGGACCCAGUGACCACUCCAGUGCUGAAAAUUGUCAUUCAAAAACAGCCAAACCUUUAUAUAACACUAAGCUGCAUCUCCUUCAACGGUUCUCUGCCCAUCAAUUAUACUUUCUUUAAAAAGGGCAUCGCCCUGUCACCAGUUAUUUCCAAGCACGUAAGGGAGCCUGCUGAAUUUGAUUUAACCAAGAGCAACACCAGAGAAGGGGAAGAGUAUAGUUGUGAAGCUAAAAACAGCCUGCCUGACUAUGCAAGACGCAGUCAUCCCGCCACUGUGCCUUCAACAAGUGGAGACGGCUGUCCACUCUGCCUGCAGCUACUGCUUCCACUGCUGAUGCUAAUUGUAAUCCUACUUCUGGCAUUUUGGAUUCGACAGAAGUACAAAGCCAGAAAAGCUAUGAGAAAUAAAGCACCCAGAGACUAUGGAAAUACACCCACAGAAGUUGGAAUAUAUGCCAAUGUCCAUGAAGAUCAAGCAGAUAAGGAGUCAGUGCCAGGCGUGGCACCAAGACAGUGUGUUUUCACAGCCCAAGAGGAAACUGAACAUUCUCACGAGAUACAUUAUGCCACCCCCAUGUUCCUGGAGGUGAUACCAGAAGUGCAAAAUGAUGAUAAAACUAGAUGUGUCUAUGCUGAACUCAGCUUAUGAAAUUUAAAGAUACAAACUACAUCUCAAGCUCCGCCUCAGCCCUGCACAGACGUCAGCCACCCUUGCCAUGUGCCACACACCAUGGCUUCUGGAUUGAAUUGUGUAGGAAGGGAAAAAGAAGAGGAAGAGGAGAACCUACUGGAUUUUCAUUUCAGUAUCUACUUUUUUUCAUGUCUAGAAGUUUCACUUUGAUUCUUUUUCAAAUCCACCAAUUCUUUCAAUAUUUUUUUGUUGUGAAAUACAGCACACAUUAUAUGGAGAUGAAUAAAAAAUAUAUAUAUAUAUAUAUAUUAUAUAUAUACGCAGUUUGAUGUCACCAGCAGUCUAGAAACCCUUGGCAGGUCUCUUCCCAAUCACAACCGCACCUCCCCAACUUAACUACUACUAUUUAAUUGGAUAUUUAGGUGGUUGUGAGUUUGGGGCUAGUACAAAUAAUGGGGCUAUGCCUGGCUGGCGUGGCUCAGUGGUGGAGAGUUGACCUG